AUGAGUUAUGGUCAGAAAGACAAUGAUCUUCUCAAGCUCGCCAAAGACAUCUACUUCGCCGAUCAGAAGACAAAAUUCACGCUUGACCAUGCUUGGUGUGUGUUGAGGUAUGAGAAGAAAUGGCUCAGCCUUAACACUCCUAAGCCUAGUGGGAAUUCAAAGCAAAAAGAGACAUGCUCCCAAGCUUUAAGCUGCCCCGUAGGUGAUCCUGAGGUCCAUCCUGAAGGUAUCAAGGUGGCGAAAGCUAAAAGGAAGAAUACCGCGCCAGUGAGGUCUAUGGAGGAGUGUCAGACCGUUUGGGAGAUGAAGAAGGAUGAUCUCUUGAUGAAGGAGAUACUAACAAAUCUUGCGAUUCUUGACACACUUCUAGCCAAGAAUCAACCACUUACUGAGGCUGAAGAAGUUGUCAAGAAUAAGCUAUUGGCGCUGUAUUUCUAA